AUGAAAAAUGAUAGAGUCAGAUAAUAGUUUGAAUACUAUGCUGAAGAUCUUAGGGCAGUAGCUGCUGCAAGCGAUCUUAUCAGAGGAAUUUCAGUGUUUGAGUAUGGAGGUUUGUAUUUUGACAAUGACUAUUACUUCCUUGAAUGGGAUUACAAUCUGAAUUAUUAUUUUGAUUACUAUGCUAUUACCCUUACAUUGACUUGGGAACUAGGAGUUAUGCUUAAUGGUUUUUUCGGAGCAAAAAAAGGUCAUAUUGCAAUCGAAAGUUAUGUCAAAUUAAUGUAGGAAGCUUUUAAAUUUGAAAAUGAAAACGACUAAAGACCAAUAAGUCUAUGCACAUGCAGCUUUAAAACUUCAGCUUCUACUAUGGUUGGCACUGGGCCAUCAGCAUUAGGAAUAAGUUCAGCAAGCUAUCUUAAUAGAGAUGGUAAUCAAGACAUAGUUGUGAGGGAUCAUCGAGAGAUAGAAUACUUAACUCAUAUUAAGGUUCUUAAUGAAAAUAAUGAGGUUACUAAUCUAACAAUUAAAAUUGCAGGCAAAGACUCAUAUUAGGCUUCAUGGAUUAAUGGAUUUAGAGAUUAUCAGACAUUUGGUUGGGAAGAUCUUACUAAAUUCUGA